AUGUCUCGCCCUCCAAGUGGCCAGGAGCCCAUUGUCUUGGUAAUAGAUUUUCACCAUGCGAGGGGCCCGGAAAUCGAACGAUGCUUUGGAGAAGAUGGAACCGAUCCUGCGGCGGAGAACGACUGGUCCCUCUUGCCAUUCAUGGCGCUAUCGGACGGAGCUCAUAUGUCGACCGAGGAGUUCUCGUAUUUCACCCUCCGCCGCAAGGAGACCGCCACAGAACCGGCGACAUCCCUAUUUGGCAUUGCCUGCUCGAGGCAGAUCGACUCGAACAUCCUUACCUAUCGCCCGCCAGAUGUGACCCGAUCUACCGUGCAGAAGGCAGUGGUGGUGAUAACGGAUACCCCUCAGAGCUUGGGUCAGCUGAGGGAGAAAUUGUCAAUGGUGACAUCGGCGUGGUUCGCGCAGCGGGACUUUUCGGAUAUUGACAUCUUGAAGAAAUUCCGGGAGAGCUUGGUAAUCAGCGUGAAGACAAAUGAAGCGUCGAAGGAUCAGACUUUUGGAUUAUCGCUGCGAGAAAUGAUCCACGAGUUCAAAUACCAAACUCUGGUUCUCUUCAAGGCUCUACUCUUGCAGCCGAAGAUGCUUUUCUUUGGCUCAAGAUGCGAACGUCUCUGCAUGAUCCAGUUCUCACUGAUCUCUUUGAUACCGGGCCUCAUGAAUCGCUUGGAAGAUUGCGCCGACCCGGCUGCCGAUACGUAUGCGCAAACUGUCGAAAAACCGACUUCUCUGAAGACAAGUGACAGGAACUCUUUGCUUGCAUACAUGGGUUUGCCAUUGCAGAUUUUUGGAAAGGGCAGCAUGUUUGGACCUUAUACACCACUACAGCAGCUGGAUCUGCUAGCAGACGAUGGAACAAAAUCAUACGUCGUUGGUUCUACGAAUUCGCUCCUUCUUCAACAGAAAGAUCGCUAUAGUGAUAUUUUAAUCAACCUUGACGAAGAUACCAUCAAUAUCUCAAACCCUGCUCUUCGGACGGCAUUGACUCUCUCGGUUGCUGAUAGGCGGUGGAUUGACCUUCUCACUUCGAUCAUCAACGACACGUGGGAUGAAGCACACCCGCAGCAGCCAAAGACUCACGGGUACAUGGGAUCCGAGGAAUUCAUCCGACUGCAGUUUGAGGAGUAUCUACUUGCGUUGCUUGCUUGCAUGAAAUACCACGAGGACCUGAAUUCGUUUAACGCCGGAGAUCCGGGCCGCAAGAGCAAGGCCCAACUCGAUGCAUUCAACAUCGAGGGCGAUCCGGCCCUGGAAUUCAACUCUGAGUUCCUGACACUGUGGCAAAACACACCGAAUUAUGGUCUAUUUAAUCGUUUGACCUCUGACGCGCUUUUGUUCUCGAUCGUUGAGCCCCGUCACCCGUGUGCAGGAGGCCUGACGAUCGACGACGUCCAGCGUCGGCUAUCGCAACAAGUCGCCGAUCUUCACCUGGAUGAGCGAGUGCGAGAAGGCCGUGAGGCUUUCAAUAGGCACCUGGGCGCGGGCCAGAAGAAAGUGAGCGCCGCGUUCAACAGCUUUUGGAAUGACAUUGAGUCAAUGCGGGAAGCACAGCGGAAAAAGACCGAGGAGAAGACACCCCAGUCGCAGCGGUCCUCAAUCGACAAAGGCUCCUCGCCGCCAUUUUCACCUUCCGAUACAGCAUCUGUUACUUCUACGAGUGGCUCGUCCUGGUUCGCCGGCCGCAAAGCGCCCCCCGCGGAUGCCCCGCCGGCCCAGACGUCUGUUGGUGCCGUGGGUCAGCGCGCAGGCGCAUAUCUCAACUCGUGGACAACGUGGGCCAGCGAGAAGCGGAAAGAGUGGCAGGAGAAAAAACCGCCUCCCUCCUCUCCGUCUUCUCCAUCCUCGAUCAAGUCCCCAUCAACGACAACAUUGGCGAGCGCAGCGGAGACCAAUGACGCGGAACGAGGAAGACGGCAGUCGAUGCAAGCGCAACGCAGUGAGGAUUCACACUCCCUGUCCCGCAGCGGCAGCCGAAGAAAGAGAUGGAGCAACAUUCUUCUCAGACGAGAGAGCGGGGAGUUUGGAUCCUCCUCGCAGAAGAAGGAUGACGGAAGUAGCGAAAACAACGAUGAAAACGUCUACCCGAGAUCUCCGUUGUCAAGAGAGGCCUCCAUCCUCGGCGACGAUACUCCAGACCCUGCCGAUCUGCAGGCUAGCGAGUCCACAACCCAACCCGAGCCCAAAGCCAACGAUCUCACAACAACUCAGAUUCCUGAAGAGCCGAAAUCACCCCCAAUUGUCGAGAAAAGUGCCGAUGCCGCCAAGGACGCAUCAGAGGAUCAAACCAAAACUGGCGAUUCGCUCCCCCAGCAGCGAGCUGUCACCGAAGAACCGCCUUUGGAGACAUCUAGCACAUCUGCCGGCAAAUAA